CACACACACACACACACACACACACACACUCAUUUUUAAAAGGGCUUUCAUGGAAAGUGGAUUGACUUUCUAAACUUCAGUCCAGAAUGAAGAUCCUCCUUAUCUUCACCCUUUGUCAGGUCUCAGAUGCCUGGAGUAUAGAACAUAUGACUGCUGUUCUAGGAGAGACUGUAACUAUCAGCUGUAACUAUCCAGAGGUGUUCAAGAACAAACCCUAAGUGUUUAGCCAAACGAUCUGAUGACUCUUAUACCGUAGUGGUCAGUACCACAGAGUCUCCAAAAGGCAGAUUCUCCAUCUCUGAUGACAGAAGGUCUAACACUGUCAGUGUGAACAUCAUUGAUGUGACACAAGAAGAUUCAGGAGAUUAUUCCUGUAAAGUGAUUAAAGGAAAUGAUUACUCCACCUUGAGAUGGAUGUAUCUUGAAAUUAUUGCAAGACCAAGUUCAACUCUGGAACCAACAACCUACAGGAACACAUCUCCAGUACUAACAGCAAUCACAUCUAAAGAACAAUUCACAAGACCAAGUUCAACUCUGGAACCAACAACCUACAGGAAUACAUCUGCAGUACAAACAGCAUUUACAUCUGAUGAACAAUUCAGUUCCCCUAUCAUCACUGUGUGUUUCUUUAUGGCUCUAAUGCUGUUUGGAGGAUUAGCCAUGAUGAAAUACAGACUGAGACAGCACAAGACAAAUGCUGUGAUCACCUGCUGUGUAGAUUCUGCUUCUAGUAGACAAAAAACAGCUGAUGGUGAUGAUGAAAAUGAUCCACCUAGAAACCAGAGCAAUAUCAGCAUGAGUCCAGUCUACCAGAAUCAAAAUCCCAAUAUCAAACAAUCCGAUUCAGACUACCAGAGCCCAAACUCCAACACAAGCCAAUCGAAGAACCAGUCAGACUCAGGCUAUGAGAAACCAGACUCAUACCCUAACCGAUCACUUCCAGCCCAGCAGAGUCCAAACUCGAACACCAACCUAUCAGAUUCAGUCUACCAGCGUCCAAAAUCCAACAAUCGAUCAGAAUUAGUCUACCAGGGCCGAAACUCUGACACAAGCCAAUCAGAUUCCGACUAUGAGAAUCCAUACCCAUAUCCUAACCGGUCACUUUCAGCCUACCAGAGUCCAAAUUUCAACAUCAAUCAAUCAAAUUCAGCCUACCAGAGUCCAAACUCCAGCACCAACCAAUCAGAUUCAGUCUACCAGAGUUUAGACCCUAAAACAAUGCAGUUAAAUUCAGUCUACCACACUUUAGGUCCUAGACUGAUUAUAUUUAAGUAGGGCUGGCCCAAAUAAUUUGAUUACUUGAGCUUUCAUUUGUGACACUGUUUUUAGUUUAUUUACUGAGAGCUUUGACUGUUUUAAUCUUAAAUAAAUUUUACCAGCAGAAAUAGUCGCUGAAAUAGAGAAACUAUUGUUAAUACGCAGAAAAAAAUAGCUGGUUUAGUUUUAAAUACGCAAGUUCAUUUCAGGCAUACAGGUCACCUUGCCCUAGAGCACAACAGACUGCCCCGCUUGUCAUGUGGACACAGAAGCUAAAAGGUUAAGCAUGUGAUUUUACUGGAUCUCUAUGAAGUUUACACUUCGUGUGCAAGUGAUGAUGGAUGUAAGACGUCUGAUUAAAAUGGAAGCAUAUCGGUCUCGUCAAAUGAGAGACUAAAAUGCUCCAAAUAUUAGUGUUUAAGAAUGAAUUUGAGAAUAAGUACGAGUAUUCAUUUGGAAAUAUCAACAAGUAUUUGUAGCACAUAAAGUGCUGUUGGGUCAGCCCUAGAUUUCAGUGAUCAAACCUUUGGUGCCAAAAAACUUUUUUCUGGAAUGAAUGAGAAAAUGACAAAGAACUUCAUAUAGAAUAAUAACCUGUAGUGUAAUUAAUUGAACGUUUAAGUGAAUUUCCUUUCUUAUUAAAAGAGAUGGUAAUACGUAAACAUUUCCUUUGCAUACUGUAAAAAUGCAGAAUGCGGUAUAUAUUUUUGCUGAUUCAUUGGUUAAACAGGCAGUUCAGACUCUGGCAUUAUCAUUCAAUCAAUGGGCCUUUGCUGUAGUAUCCACGGUUUUCCUAGACAACAACAUUUACCAUUAUGCUUUGCGCGUCUUUGGAAUGAGAAUGGGCACGACUUCCGGUAUGCAUUUGUUGUUGACAACCGAUAGUGUAUGGAUUAGCUUCAAGGCUAAAGAGAUUUAUCAUUAGCCAGUUAUUAAACUGUGUAGCUAGCUAGGUUUCGCUUUUUGGAUAAAAGAAGAUGGCAGUUGUGUUGCGGUGGCAUCCUGGACGAGAAUGUUUAACAAGAACCGUAACUGGUGUCACCCAGUCUGUUCCUCAUCCUUUGAACCCAUCCCAAGUCUGGGUUGACGACAUAAAACUGGCCCAGAUGUUACGUAUGUUGACAUUAUCAACUACCUUGUUUUUUCUAAAGGUGUAGACUCUGAGGAGCUGAGAAAUCAUAAAAGUACAGCAGCUUAUAAUUAUCUACACAGCAAUAAAAUCGUAAGGGUUCUGUGUUACCAUUGCGAACAGUUCACAUUUCUCAAAGCUGAGGUACAACCAGGCCAGUCCGUCAGGAAACUUAACUACUCAGCAUGGGUUAUGGUUCAAAACAAUGGUGUAGCAGAUACAGCAGGAUGGUCUUGCAUCGCUGGUCCAGGCAGAUCUUGUAGCCACAUCGCUGCUGUGUUGUGGAAAAUAGGGUGGGGAUUUUAAAUUAAACUAAAAUACAUAGCUAGAUGAGCUGCAUUUACUCUGAGAAACAUAAUUGGUUAUGUUGCCACAGUAGCCGUAAUGGUUUAUUAGUUUAGCACUGCAGUAGCAAAGUAUUUUGUGGGCCAACUAAAAUAUGAUCAGGUGUGCACUCUACAUUUGCUUUGUUCAUCAGAAUCUCUUACGCAUUUAUUAUGUUUUAUCACAAAAUUGAAGGAGCAAACAUGAAUAUUUAGCUUUUUUUUUAAUUCAGUGCCACUAGCUAUGCUCUUUUGGCCUCAUCUUCCUCUGACACUUACAUUCUGAUCUGGCUUGCCUUUGUGUUUGCAGCAUUCAUUUUCCAACAUCGUUUUAAGCUUUCGAGAGCUGUUUUGACACCAUUAGACAGCACAUGACAUUCCUGUGCUUUUGAGACAGUUUGAUAGCAUCGUAAUUAAGCUUUACACGAAAGUUUAGCCCAUUCAAGAGGAACUGUUGUGACGUCAUGGCAACUGCCAUUGAGAAUAGAAAAAAACCAUGGAUAGAAUGUCAGCACUACUGCCUAAUGAAAUGACUCAUUUUAGAUGGUAAAAGCACAGCACAUUUCAUGCAUGUUCAUAAGCAGGUAUGGCUAUAUGUGAAUGAUUUAAACAAAUAAAUACA